UCAGGGAUUUGUGAUAUUCAGGGAUGUGUCUAUCGACUUUUCUCAGGAAGAGUGGGAAUGCCUGGACUCGACUCAAAGGAAUUUGUACAAAUAUGUAAUGUUGGAAAAUUAUAGCAACCUGGUCUCAGUUGGACAGGAUUUGAGUCCUGGGAUACCUACAACAAAAAUCUCCUUUCUUCUCUUGUGAGUAGGACUUUGCAUUCCCAAGCCAGAUGUGAUUUCUUUACUGGAGCAAGGGAAGGAGCCUUGGAGUGUUUUUGACAGUGAACUGACAAGGGACCCAUACCUAGAAGAGGAAACUGAGACACAGAGACUUGAAGUAACUUGCCCAAGGUCAACAACUAAAUAUAAAUCUAGGUGUGAGAGCAAGAAAUUAUCUCUGAAAAAGGAUAACUAUAAAAUAAAUUCAUCUCAAUGGGUUAUAAUGGAAGGAUUUACUAAGCAUGGACUUAAACAAGGAUCUCAGGAAAAACAUUUUGGCCAAGUCUCGUGUACCUCUGAAGACAUGUCCCCUUUCAUUCAGCAUACAUCUCUCUCUCUACAUCAAACAUUUAAUACCAAAGAGAAAUCUUAUGAAUGCAAAAAAUAUAAGAAUGCCUAUGAACAGGACUCAAAACUUACUACACAUCAAGAAAGUCAUACAGCCAAGAAAUUUUAUGACUAUAAGGAAUAUGGGAGGGCCCUUGGUAGAACUUCAAAACUUAGUUCACAUCAUACAGUGCAUAUUGGUGUGAGAUCCUAUGAAUGUGAGGAAUGUAUGAAGUCUUUGAAUAGGGGCCCACACUUAAUACAACAUCAGAUAAUUUUUACUAAGGAGAAAUCUAAUGAAUUUAAAGAAAGUGGGAAGGCCUUUACUAAUGCUUCACAGUUUUUUCUACAUCAUAGCAUUCAUACAAGUGAGGAACCCUUUCAAUGUAAGUACUGUGUUAGACAAUUUAAUAAUGCUACAGCCUUUAUUCGCCAUCAGAGAAUUCACACUGGUGAAAAACCCUAUGAGUGUAAUGAAUGUGGAAAGGCUUUUAGUACAAGUUCAAUAUUUAGAGUACAUCAAAGGAUUCACACAGGUGAGAAACCCAAUGAAUGUAAAGAAUGUGGAAAAGCCUUUCGUCAUUCCUCAUACCUUACUCAACACCAAAGAAUUCAUACUGGUGAGAAACCUUACAAAUGUAAGUAUUGUGUUAGGGCAUUUAGUAAUGUUUCGGCCUUUAUUCGGCAUCAGAGGAUUCAUACCGGUGAGAAACCCUACAAAUGUAAGGAAUGUGGAAGAGCUUUUAGUACUGGCUCAAUACUUACAGCACAUCAGAGAAUUCACUCAGGUGAGAAACCAUAUUUAUGUCAGGAAUGUGGAAAAGCCUUUCGUCAGUCUUCAGAUCUUACUCAACAUCAGAGGAUUCAUACUGGUGAGAAACCCUACAAAUGUAAGGAAUGUGGAAGGGCCUUUCGUCGUUCAUCAGAACUUUCUCGACACAAGUUAAUUCAUGCUGAUGAGAAACUAUAUGAAUGUAAAGAAUGUGGAAAGAUCUUGAGUAGAGACUCAAUACUUAUACAACAUCAGAAAAUUCACACAGGUGAGAGAGCCUGGGAAUGUAAUGAAUGUGGGAAGGUUUUUACUUGUGCAACAUACCUGGCCCGGCAUCAGCGAAUCCAUACUGGUGAUAAACCAUAUACUUGUAACAAAUGUGGGAAAGCUUUUCUUCGUUCUUCAGACCUUAUUCUGCAUCAAAGGAUUCAUACUGGUGAGAAACCCUAUGAGUGUAAGAAAUGUGGGAAGGCUUUUGCAAGAGGUUCAAAUCUUAAUCGCCAUCAAAAAGUUCAUAAUAGUAAGAAAUAGUAUAAAGGAAGCUUUGUAUUUAAGCAUAUCUUUUAGGUAACAUGGCAUGGAAGAUAAACCCUAGAAACAUAAUAGGAGAAAUCCUAAGAAUUUAUUGGUGAGAAAAUGUAGAAAUAUAAUUGAUAUGAGAAUGACUUAUGUGUUUCACAGUUUAACUACCAUAAGAAUAAAAUGAAUAUUGGAAGGCCUCUAUCAACAACUCAUUCCUUUCUAAGUUUUAAAAACUUUGUUGUUUGUUUUAAUUUUUUUUAAUGUUUGUUUAUUUUUGAUAGAGAGGGACAGAGACAGAACAUGAGCAGGGGAGGGGCAAGAGAGAGAGAGGGACACAGA